AGGAGAGAAGAUGGCGUCCGAGGGACACUCCGAGCCUCUCAAGGCGGGGGACUUGCCGUUGCCAGGAUACGGGGCCUGGUCGCCCAAGGAGCUACAGGCCAAGCUGGCCGAGAUCGGGGCCCCGACUCAGGGUAGCCGUGAAGAGCUGGUGGAACGGCUACAAACAUAUACUCUUCAGACUGGGAUUCUACUUAACAGGCCUGUUCUGAGAGGGGAUGAUGGAGACAGCUCAGGCCCACCUCCUUUGCCAGUACAGGUCCAAGGCAUUCCUUUGCCCCCACCUCCAAUGGGGAUGCCCCCGAUGCAGCCUCCCCCACCCCCUCCCCCUGGCAUGGGCCUCAACUUCCCCAUGGGUGUGGGACCCCCUCCACCGCCCCCCACUUUGGGCGUGCCUCUCCGCAUGCAGGCGGUGGAUCCUUCCUCGUUGCCUGAAGAAGAACGACUGAAGCUGGCCCAGCAGCAGGCCGCCAUGCUGAUCCAACAGGAGGAGAGAGGCAAGCAGGCUGUUGCCCUAAUGGAGCAGGUGCGCCACCAGGAGAUCACCAAACUGGCCCCUUCAGUGCCUCGGACCGUUCCAGAUCUGGGGCCAAGACCUCAAGGCCUGCCCAGAAUCAACCCCCCUUCCAGCUCCCUCAUGGGCACAGCGAGUUCAAGACCCCGUGGCCCACCACCACCACCUGGAGAAGACAGUCGGGAGAUUGACGAUUCAGGAGUGGGCCCCAAAAUUCCUCAAGCCUUGGAAAAGAUCCUUCAGCUUAAGGAGAUCCGCCAGGAAGAGCUCACAGCUGUACCCGGCGUCACAGACGACGACAUGGAGACCGACUUGAGGGUGCUGGCUGGCAUGUCUGCCUCUGAUGCCGAAGACGACACUUCGGCCCUGUCUAAGAAAGAGAAAAACCGCAAGCGACGGAACCGGAAGAAAAAAAAGAAGCAAACCACCUCUUCCAAAAGUAACCAGGUUUCCCCGGCUGCCAAGGGCCACGGGGAAGAAUCGGGGAGCGACGCUCCGGUGGAAAUCGAGUACGUCACCGAGGAGCCGGAGAUCUACGAUCCCAAUUUCAUCUUCUUCAAAAGGAUCUUUGAGGCAUUCAAGCUGACCGACGAUGUUAAGAAGGACAAGGAAAAGGAGCCGGAGAAAGCAGACAAGUUGGCGGCUUCGGCUGUGCCGAAGAAGAAGGGAUUUGAGGAAGAACGGAAGGACAGCGACGACAGCUCCGACGACGAGCAGGACAAGAAGCCGGAAGUUCCCAAAUUGUCCAAGAAGAAGCUGCGACGGAUGAACCGUUUUACUGUGGCUGAGCUGAAGCAGCUGGUGGCCCGCCCCGAUGUGGUGGAGAUGCACGAUGUGACGGCGCAGGAUCCCAAGCUGCUAGUCCACUUGAAGGCCACCCGCAACUCGGUUCCCGUCCCCCGCCACUGGUGCUUCAAGCGCAAAUAUCUCCAGGGGAAGAGAGGCAUCGAAAAGCCUCCGUUUGAGCUGCCGGAAUUCAUUAAGCGCACCGGGAUCCAAGAGAUGAGGGAAGCCCUACAGGAAAAGGAGGAACAAAAGACCAUGAAAUCCAAAAUGCGGGAGAAAGUCCGGCCAAAGAUGGGCAAAAUCGACAUCGAUUACCAGAAGCUGCACGACGCCUUCUUCAAGUGGCAGACGAAGCCCAAGCUAACCAUUCACGGCGAUUUGUACUACGAGGGCAAGGAGUUUGAGACGCGUCUGAAGGAGAAGAAGCCGGGAGAUCUUUCCGAUGAGCUGCGCAUCGCCCUGGGGAUGCCCGUGGGGCCGAACGCCCACAAAGUUCCUCCUCCGUGGCUAAUCGCCAUGCAGCGCUACGGCCCACCGCCUUCCUAUCCCAACUUGAAAAUCCCGGGGUUGAAUUCUCCCAUCCCAGAGGGAUGUUCGUUUGGGUAUCAUGCCGGGGGCUGGGGCAAACCUCCUGUGGACGAGACAGGGAAGCCCCUGUAUGGAGAUGUCUUUGGGACCAACGCGACUGAAUUCCAGGCCAAGGCCGAAGAAGAAGAGGUUGACCGGACCCCUUGGGGAGAACUGGAGCCUUCGGACGAAGAAUCCUCGGAGGAGGAGGAAGAUGAGGACAGCGACGAAGACAAGCCGGACGAGACCGGCUUCAUCACUCCAGCAGAUAGCGGCCUCAUCACACCAGGCGGCUUUUCUUCAGUGCCUGCCGGCAUGGAGACGCCGGAGCUGAUCGAGCUGCGUAAGAAGAAGAUCGAGGAAGCCAUGGACGGCAGCGAGACGCCUCAGCUCUUCACGGUCCUGCCGGAGAAACGGAUGCCCACGGUCGGGGGUGCCAUGAUGGGGUCCACCCAUAUCUACGACAUGGCCACGGCCAUGAGCCGCAAAGGGCCGGUCCCCGAAAUCCAAGGGGUGGAGGUCGCCCUGGCGCCUGAGGAAUUGGAACUCGAUCCCAUGGCUAUGACCCAGAAGUACGAAGAGCACGUGAGAGAGCAGCAGGCCCAGGUGGAGAAGGAGGAUUUCAGCGACAUGGUGGCCGAGCACGCGGCCAAACAGAAGCAAAAGAAGCGGAAAGCACAGCCCCAGGACAGCCGAGCCGGGGGCAAGAAGUACAAGGAAUUCAAGUUCUGAAAUGCCUCCUCUCUUUUUUUCCCUUUUUUCCCUGUCCGUCGUUCCCUGAUGCCUACUCUAAAACCUCCCCUGGGGUUUUUGGUUUUUUUUUCAUCUUUGUGUAUUGGAGCUCAGAAAUGGAUUGUUUUGUAAAUAAAGUCAGAGACUCUGGAAA